AUUUCCAACGCUGAGCUCUCAGUCUGGCAGGCUUUUGUCUUUGUCUCUCACUUUCUUCUACCGUGUACAGAGUGUGUAAAUUCUUCAUCAUGUCUUAACUAGACAUUAUUCUUACCACAAACUGAGUUUUAACAUCAACAGGAUAUCGUGUGCUUUUGUGAUAAAACACUAGCCGACUGCCGAAUAAAAAAGCAACUUGUUUCGACAGCAUAACGAACUAUUUUUGACCAUAAUAUCUUUUGAAAUUAGCAAAAAUGGCGCAUCUUCAACAAUCGUCUAGCGGCACUAACGAAACUACAGUACAGGAUAUUUUGAAUCUUCUCGACAAAGGUGAAACCAAGAUCAAAAUGAGUGUUAGUAAAGAUGUGAUACUAUUCUUAGGUAUCACAGGCACAGGAAAAACAACUGCUUCGCUUUUUAUUGCUGGAUACGAUGAUUAUAUAAUAGCUGAAAAAAAUCCUAACGGCAAAGGUUAUACAGUAACAGAUACAUUGGGUAAAAUCGGCAAUUCUACGGUUGACUCUCAAACGAUUUUUCCGGAUUUAUUAUCAGAUUCUAAUACAGAUGGAGCCAUUUACGAUUGUCCUGGAUAUACCGACAGCAGAGGUCCAUUAUACGACAUAUCUGCUUCAUAUUUUACUAAAAAAAUUAUAGAUCAUGCUGAAAGAGUUAAAUUGGUUUUUACUAUUUCCUAUGCUGCUGUAGACAGUGAAAACAAGGAUAAAAAAUCUUUUCCGGAAUUGUUAAAUUAUGGUGCGGCAAUGAUGACGAAUAUUGCAAAGUUCAACCAAAGCAUAGGGCUUAUAGUGACGAAAGUUAAAAAUGAAUACGACGUAGAAGAAGUAAAUGGAGAACUGAUUGCGACUCUGAUUCCAGAUGAAACAGUUAUAAAAGACAUUGGUAAUUACAUUGCAGGUGUUAAGAAUGAUUUGAACACAUCUGUAACAAGUAAGAAAGCUGAAAAAAUACAGUUCAUCAAUGCCUUAUUAACAAAAGCAAAUGGAAACUAUACAAAUAUAGGAAUUCUAAGACAACCAAACCAGGCUGGAAAGUAUAGAAACAUAACAUUACUACAAGAUCUUAAGCCAUCUUUGCUGAAACUAGUAAACAACAAUAUUGUGUUUAAAACGCACAAAAAAAGUGACUUUAGCCAUACCAUAUCCGAUAAUUCUAAGAUUUAUCUGCGCGAUUUAAUCGAAAAAAUAAAUGAAGAUAUCGUGUCUAAUAUAGCAAAAAUUUGUAAAGAAAUCGAAAAAUAUUGCAAUAACCGAAUAGAACCAUUCAACGAUUUUCAAGAUUUACACAACAAAUUUCGAAUGGGCUACAAUUUAUUUUCAUCUACAAAAACUGCAGCAAUUUCUUUUGAGGAACCGCGACAGAUGGUUGAACAAAUCACUAAGAACAUUAUUAGCUUAAAUAUUACUAUAUCAAACGAAAAUUUUCAAAACAUCAUAAAUCAUGGUGAGUAUCUUCAAUUUAUAAAAACAAUAAAUAAUGAAUUGACCGUAGUUAAGCCCGUAGAAUGGGCUGAAGGAUUAACAAAUCUAGUUACAUAUUUAGAUGAUUCACAGAGAUGGUAUAAUUUUUUGAUAAACUUUUAUGAUAUUUUGUCAAAAUACCAUGUACAACAACACUACCAACAACAUUUUGAUACUGUGGACAAAUUAGAAAAUCAAAUAAAACUAAACGAAAAGAAUCCCAGCGUUAUUUCUAAGGAGUUGAAAAUUUUUUUAGACAAAGUAAGCAAAGCUGAUUCGGAAAAAGAGUACGAUAAUAUUAAGAAUAUCCGACAAUUAAGCGCAGUUAAAUUAAAAUUCUUAAACAUAUUGUUAAAUUUAACGCUUAAAUACAACGUGGAUUCAUCUUGCGACAGUGAUAAUAAUUUAAUCAUUAAAGGACAAUAUGUUAGAUUAAAUGAGACCAACUCUGCGAGUUGUAAAAAGCCAAAAUCGAUAAGAAUCUUUGCAUUGGAUAAGGUAUUUAUAGAUACUGACUUGAAUAAAACAGGUGAUCAAGUACAACUAUCUAUCAUAGCACCGAAAUUGGAAAUCAUUGGAAGUCCAAGUAUAAUAUUAAAUGGAAGUCCUGGAGCAUCGUUGAUAGAUGAACAAGCAAAAAAUGCUUCUCAACCCGGUGCUAAAGGAGAAAAUGGAAACCCCGGAAAACCUGGUGGCCCCACUGGCCAUUUCAUAAGUAUUUCACAAAAUGUAGCGAAUAGUGAGCAUCUUAAACUCUCGAUCGUAGGUGGCAAAGGCGGGACAGGACAAAAAGGAGGCAAUGGCAAAGAAGGACAAAAUGGAACGAUACCACCUGUUCCCAAAGAUGGUGAUGACCCUUGGUGGGAUGAAAGAGAGUUUGAAGUAAAAGAUGAUAUAAAGAUGAACAUGAUUAAUAGUGGCGAUAUUCCAAAAUUUAAUUCACAUUUUGUCGAGUGGAAAGCUCGAUGGUGGGUACGAGGAAAGGAUUGUACUGACGGGGGAAAUGGUGGUGAUGGUGGUAUCGGUGGAAAAGGAGGAAAUUCAUUUGACCCUAUUGUCGUAAACCUAAUUGAGAGUCCAAAAUUCGAAAUCACUGUCGCUAAAGGAGAAAUUGGAACAGCUGGUUCUGGAGGUAAAGGUGCUGCAGGGGGAAAACAAAGAGGACAACUUUUAACACUAGACGGAUAUUCCUUGAAAGCAGUGAGCAGUUGGCAGAGUCCCACACCUUCAUACAAGUAUACCGUUGUGUCCCGAGAAGAUUUGAAAGAGUGUUCGGCAGGCCAUGAAGGCCUUACAGGUAAAAAUGAUGCAAAAAUCAAAAAGUCAGAAGAAGUUAGUUUCAUUAGCUUGCCAUCUGCAGUCAUUAACGAUUAUAAAAAUUACGUAAGAGAUAAUCUGAGUAACAAUAUGAUGGAGUCUUUUCUAAGAAAAUUUCUUGACGGUUUGGAGCAUCACGAAUCUUUGAAAAAACUGUAUGAUAUACACGGGUUGGUUAAUGAAUUACAAGGCUUAGAAAAUCAGUUUUACAGAUUGCGAAAUAAGCUGUCGCUUUUACCAUUCUAUCGAUCAUUAUUAUAUAGAAUCGAUCAAUACGCCGAUGAACUCCAUGCAGAAAAACGGUUAACGGAUGAUAAUAAAAAAGUACUUGGCUUUUUACACACGUCAGUUUUAAGUAGAAUAUAUAGCAUUAACAACAGUGCAGGCAAUAAACUGGUCUUAGAUCUUGACGCUUUCUUAAAAGAAAGAAUAAGAGAAAUUAAAAAAUUAAAAGAACUCGAAAGUGUUGCAUCCGUAAAUGACGAAAGAAAAAGAUAUCAGAACUCACUUUUGGAAAAAAUUAAUGAAGCUCAAAAUUUCGUUGAAGAGCAAAUCACUCCAGAAUUAAAUAAUGUGCUGCAUGGAGUAGAUCAUCAGAUUGAAUUGUUGGUCGAAGAAACAAUCGCUUUGCAAAACGAAACUCAAACAGCGAAAGACAAGAUAGACAAAAAACGAGAACAAUUAAAAAAUGCAGGAGGAUUAAAAGUGCUCGUUGCUGUCUUGAAAACAGCAAGUCAAUUUUUAAGUUUUCUGGGCCCAGUCGCUGGUGCUGCCGGAUCAGUGAUUGGCGGAGGAAUAAUGGUAUCAGAAGCUUUAUACUUCAAAGACUCAGGUGGAGGUUCAGCAAACCCAGUUGAUUUACCGAAUGCAGUAAAAAAUUCCAUAUCAAAAAUAACAGAACAACUAAAAGAUGAACAAUCGCUUUUUAAAGCGCAGUUAGAUGACACACAACACAAAUUGAAAGAUUUUUCAGAAAACAAACCAUCCGCUGUCAUGAGUGAUGUUCAGAAAAAAAUAUUCGAGGUCAAACAACAAUUAGAGAAAGAAAUGAACGUAAAAAAUUCGAUCGAUGUUGAAGCCGUUGAUAAACUGUACAAAAUGCGAAAAGAUGUACAAGAUUUCCUGCAAAAGAAAAGAGAAAUGCUAGAAAAUCAAAAAACGAGAGGCAAUAACAAAAACAAUGAUGAGGACGAAGGCAACGGUGAAGGCGAAAAGAAGAAGAAAGAGGAUGAGAUAAAUUUAGUAAAAGUCAUAGAAAAUACUUUUGGAAUAAUUAAAAUACCGCUUGAUUAUUACAAUAAAAUUAAAAAUGAUGAAGCUAAAAUAGAUGAAUUAGGUCGUGCUAUGAGAAAAUUAGAUGAAAAUCUAUAUCAGUUGCGAGUAUAUGAACAGCUGAUAUAUCAAAUUAUCGCUCCCACGUGUAGAAAUCUCGAAGAUAAGAUAAAUGAAAUGGGAAGUAAUUUACAAGGUCAAUCUCACGCUGCCCUUGAUAUCAGUAAAUGGCGAAUACAAGGUUCUCUAAGGGAUAUGAAGCUGCAAAUGAAACAAAUGACACAGGGAUUUCGUGUACAAGAAAAUCUUGUUCGCUGCAUAGAAAAAUUAGAAGAGGGCAUGACAAUCAUGAUCAAAAUGUAUGAUCGCAUAGAAGAUUAUCACGACAAAGCAGAAUUGGCCGAUUAUAUUGCGAACAUUUAUUCUAAUAGUGCGGGUCAGAUAAAAAUAGAGAAUGAUGAACUGAGACGCGAAGUUGAUAGUCUGAAGUGGAUUAUACAAUCCAAUCUCGUAUUGGAAAAAUAUGAAGUAUCCAUGAACUCCUUCAAGCAGCGCAUAUUUCCAUUUGGGGAUUAUUUUUUUGCAGAAUUUGAAUUACCCUCUAAUCUUGUAUCUAAUGAUACCAACAGUUUAGUAGUAGCAUCUGGUGAAAAGAUAAGUCUUUUGAGGUCGAAGUUAGAAGAAUCUAAAAUUACCAUGACCGAAUACGAUCAAUACAUCCACAGCCGAGUACCAUUUAAUAGUAAUUUGGCAAUAUCAAAGCCAUUCUUCGUGUGGAGUCAUGAUGAGUAUAAAAAUGCGAUAAAGCGACUCCUACUAGGAGAAAAGAUAAUUUUAAAAUCCGAUAUUAUACGAGGUUCGAAGCAGAAUGCGAUAAAAUUUAAUGUCGUGGGCAUCAAUUUUAAACUAGAGAACGAAACAAUGCAAUCUGAAUUAAAUGAACAAUUAAAGUAUUUGAAAGUAGAAAUGAUGCACAUGGGCACUUCCUACUAUAGAUGCCAUAAUAAAUUUUAUACCAUUGUAAGCGACAAUCAAACACUUAUGUAUACGUUCAUGAAGAAUGAAAAUGGAGUUCCUCAGGAUUCAAGUGACUCGUACAAAAAAUUAGAAAAAUACGAACCGUUUCUCAGUCCAUAUACCUUGUGGAGUAUACAACUCAGGAAAUACGAUUUGAGCAAAAACAAUAUCUUCGCUUCAUUGGCAAAUUAUACAAAUGAAAAAAUAGAUCUGGAGUUAGAAGGUGUCGGCCAAUACGUCGACAGCGACUUCACUACAUUAUGCAACGACAAUUUGAAUAAAUAUUAUGCAGUAGACGAUACAAUAUCUUUAAUUGAUAAUAUUAAUUUACAAAAUAAACACCCGUUGCAAGAAAUACCAACAGAUAGCUUAUUUAGCACUCGAAGUAAUUCACACCGUAGUAAGAGAAAACGUCGAAAUUUAAAUGAGCAACAGUUCUCAACGAAUAAAGAUUCAUUUUCUACAAGUGGAGCUUGCAGCAAUAUAAAAUCUUCGUUUAUAAAUAAUAUCAUUAAUCUUGUAGGUACUGGUUUGAUGACUUACGGGUAUUUUAAUCCGAUAAAUAAGAUAAGUCAUUGGUUUACGAAAGAAGAAAAAAUUAUUGAGGAAGAAGAUUUUAUGACGCUGGACGACAGUGCGUCCGUAGCUGCGAAAUGGACAAAUAUUCCGUCUACAGGUUCAGAACUACCGACUUUUACCAAUCCGUUCAUAAAUGAUGAUUCGUCUGCUGUUAACAGCUUGCCAAACUAUUUCUCACUUUGUAACAAUGAAAAUUUAUUAUUACUGGAUUUAAUAGUACGACAAAAGAACGGAAUGAAAUACAAGCAGAAUCAUUUUGCAGUCGAUAAACAAAGAGAUUCUGAGUAUUCUAAUAUUCUUGCUUAUAACGCUCAUAGACCUAGAUUUAAUUAGCAAUGUAAAUUUUAAAAUAAACUACAAACGUUUGUUAUCUUUAUCCGUGAUAAAUAAAUGCAUGAAUAAAAAA